CUAAAUGUCUAUGAACUUUGAAAAUUCUUUGACUAUAUAUUGUUGAGAUUAGUUCACAAAAUCACAGUCAAUUAGGCAAGAUGAAGACGUUAACAGUGGUUUUAGUUAUAACUGUUCUAGGGAUACAAAUAUCGGGGUACUUAAUACAAGUGCCUACUGCACCUCCAGUAUUGUUUAGAGAUCCUGUUCCCUCACAAUGGCUACACUUACAAAAGUUGAUGAUUCCUCUAUUCGAAAAUGUAUGCGAAGACAGUACCGAUCCUGUCAUACGAAAACUGGCUCAAGAUUUCACCAUAAACUCUGCAGACUACUUGGAACCAAAUGCAAUUACAACUUUGCAAAAGCUUAUGUCAGCUGGCUUAUUGCCCAAGGGAGAAAUUUUCAGUGAAUAUAAUCCUGAACAUAUGAAGCAGCUGAAAAUUGUGUACGAAGCUUUUUACUCAGCCAAGAACUUUGAUGUGUUUUAUAAAGUCGCUGCUUGGGCGAGACAAAAUGUAAACUGCGGACUUUACGUGAAUGCUAUCUACAUGGUUAUUCAAAGUAGAAAAGAUAUGGCGAAGUUGUCCAUACCAGCGCCAUACGAAGUUUUACCAAAUUACUUUGUACGUAAAGAUGUUCUUAUCAAAGCAACUUCCAUUCUUAGUGGACAAGAAGUUACCCCAACUGAAGGACUUCACGAUGAAGGAAAUGCAUAUUACUUAGAUGCCAAUUACACUGGCAUAUUUUACAACAACGAGGAUGAUUCAAAGUUGGCCUACUUCCGUGAAGAUGUUGGAUUAAAUUCUUAUUACUAUUUAAGAAAGCUGAGGCUGUCGCCAUGGUUUAACAGUAAUAUUAAUGAUCGAUAUGGGGAAAAUAUUUACCAAAUGAUGAAACAAUUUGGUGCGAGAUAUAAUUUGGAGAGAUAUGCUAAUGGUUUUCCGGAGAUAGAUGGUAUUGACUGGAAUUCACUGCCUGAUAUUCCUUAUGAUCCAGAAUUAGUUUACUCAGAUGGGAAGGAAUUCAAUCACAGGACAAUGCCACUAGAAUUUCCAGUAAACGAUGAAAUCACUUUAUUACAAACUAUAGAAAAUAAUAUAGCAGCUGUCGUUGGUCACAUGCGCCAGAGUGGAUACAAUAAAACACAGAUAUUAAAUCAUUUAAUGGAAAUCCUAGUCACGGGAGAACGGAGUUAUGAGACAUUGGCUCGCCAGCUCCUUGGCAAAGAUCGUACCAACAACGGACACGUUUCGGUACUGGAACACUACAUGACUUCACUGCGGGAUCCAAUGUUUUGGAAGAUAAACAAGAAAAUAGUUGACCUCGUGGAUAGUGCUCUAAAACUGUUGCCCACAUACUCAAGAAACGAACUAUACUUCCCUGGAGUAGAGAUCGUAAAUAUUGACGUGAAAAAGAUGAUGACAGCGUACGAUUACUUUGAGUUCGACGUUACAGACGCACUAAAAUUAGACGAUAGUAAGUCGACGUUCAACGUUAAAAUAGGUCAACCUAGAUUAAAUCAUAAGCCGUUUACAGUCAAACUUAACAUAUCUUCUCUUGUAUCUAAAAAGGGUUUAGUUAAAAUUUAUUUGGGACCCAAGGUAUUGCCUGGAGAACUAGCUGCUAAAAAGAAUCUUUUUACUCUACUUGACGUAUUUGAAGUAAAUCUUAAAGUAGGAACUAAUGUAAUAUCUAGGACAUCCGAUGACAUGCAGCAGUUUUCUUCAGACUUUGUGUCGGUUAAAACUAUUCGUAAAAAUAUUGAAGAUGCUGAAUUCGGUUUGAAUUCUUUACCUUUAAAACGGAUUGAAGAUCAGAUUGGGUAUCCAACAAGACUUAUUUUACCAAAAGGUCUAUCUCAAGGACUACCUAUUCAAAUGUUUGUGUUUAUUGCGCCAUUUACUAAAGCCAGUGUUAGCAGUUCAUACUCAGCAAGUAACGCAGAAUUCAAUUCUGCUAUUUUAUCACCUGGGUAUCCUCUAGACUUGAUGGUUGAAGAUAAACAACUAUUCGGAUUACCAAACGCACUGAUCAAGUAUGUUACAAUUACUCAAAAAGGUGAUAGCAAAGUAGAAAACUAUGGAGGACCUGGUGUUACAAAGCAAUGGUAUGGCACUAACACAUAUGAUCCAUCAGCACGACCGAACUAUUCUGCAAAUACCCGAAAGUCAUUUGAUUACAAUGCUAAGAAAGGAUCUUCAAAAACUGACAUUGAUGACAAUGGGGUAAGUGAACAUGAUAUUGCUCUAGAAGAUUCCGUGAAUUACCUUGAAGAACCUUCAAAAGGAAGCUUUGUACCUAAAGGAUUAAAUGAGCACAAUGUUGAGACAAUUCGGUCCUUGAACUUUAUGAAGUUUGAUACACCGUUAAACAACAAUGCAGAUGUAUCAAAAUUAGAUAAAAAGGACGAGAAUGUCAAACAAAUAGACAGUGAUAAAUAUAUUACUGUAAAAAAUGAAAAAGAUGAUACAGAAGUGGUUGUACCAGAAAAGGCAAAUGUUGAAUCUGAUAUUGAAAGUAAAAACCAGGAAAUAUUAACUAUGCCACGUCUGCUAAAGUCAUCGGCACAAUAUGACUAUGCAUCGAAGUCUAAAUAUAGGGAAUCAUUCGAUUACAAAGCAAAGAAGGCGCAAUUUGAUAAGAAAGAUUAUACUUCAACAAGAGUAGAUUACAAAAAAUAUAACUCAUACAAGCCACCAGUAGAAAAAGAAAACUUAAUUGGUACUACACCGGCGGCUGUAAUAGACGAAGAUGUUGAUAAUGAUGAAGAUAUAGUUGAUAUACUAAUGGAUCAACCAUCAUAUCAACCAAAGAUUGAAGACUAUGUAUCUAAGAGAAAAGAACAAUAUGAUUAUAAAGCGAAGAAAGCGCAAUAUGAAAAGAAAGAUUAUUCAGCAAAAAGAGACAACAAGAAAUAUGACUCAUUUAAACAAGAAGAAGAUCAUGCGGCUACUCCAGCAGCAUCUUUAGUAAAAGAUGAUGUUAAUAAUAAUCAAGAAAACAUCAAAAUUUUAUUGGAUAAACCAUCGUAUCACCCAAUAAAUGAUUACUCUUCUAAGAGAAAAGAACAGUAUGAUUACAAGGCUAAGAAAGCACAAUUUGAUAAGAAAGAUUAUUCAGCAAAAAGAGGAGAUUACAAAAAAUAUCACUCAUCGACGCUACCAGUCGAAGAAGAAAAUCUGAUUUCUACUACAUCAGCAGCUUUAAUAAAGGAUGAUUAUUUUAAUGGUGAAGAAAAUGUCGAUAUUUUGGUAAAUCCAUCGUAUCAACCAAAAAAUGAUGGCUAUGCAUCUAAAAGAAAAGAAAACUAUGAUUAUAAAGCGAAGAAAGCGCAAUAUGAAAAAAAAGAUUAUUCAGCAAAAAGAGACAAGAAGAAAUAUGACUCAUUUAAACAAGAAAAAGAUCAUGUGGCUACUCCAGCAGCAACUUUAGUAAAAGAUGAUGUUAAUAAUAAUGAAGAAAACAUCGAAAUUUUAACGGUUAAACCAUCGUAUCACCCAAUAAAUGAUUACGAUUCUAAGAUAAAAGAACAGUAUGAUUACAAAUCUAAGAAAGCACAAUUUAAUAAGAAAGAUUGUUCAACCAAAAGAGGAGACUACUACAAAUAUCGUACUGUGCCACCGACAGAAGAAAAAUUCACCACAGAAUCAGUUAACCUUAUACCUGAAGACACAAAUGAUAUUAUAGCAAGAGUUCAACUAGAGAAGGAUGAUAAUAAUUUAGAUCUUAUAAGCGAAAUCAAAGAAAAUAACGUUGAUGUUUUAAAUAAAAAAGAUGACAAUGAUUUGGCUCCUAAAGAACUUGUCGAUACUAAUGUAAUCGAAAUCUUUGAUCCAUUCCGGUUCGAUGUAAGAAGACGUACUCCCACUGUAUACGACUUUUUGUUUCACACAUUUGAUUAUGACAGCCCUGAUAAUAAAGUGUACGAAUAA